AUGUCAGCCCAAUUGACCUUAGAGUCGAAGCUGCCACUUCCAUCAAGUGACGUCCGAAUUCCCGUCCUUGGUCUGGGAGUUUGUGUGUCCUCAAGAUGCGAACAAUCAGUACUAUCUGCACUUGAAAAGGGAUAUCGUAGUGUCGACACUGCUCAGAUUUACUACAAUGAGCGCGAGACCGGCACUGCUGUCAACAAGUUUCUGUCCCAGAAUCCUUCGAUCAAACGGUCAGAUAUAUUUGUUUGCUCCAAGUUAUGGGAGGUAGAUCUCUCGAGAUCGGAUAUGCCAACCUCAUUUGAUGAGCUGUGUAAUUCCGGACCAUGGCCGCUGAACAGUCUUGAGGCCGGUCAUACAACCUAUUCACGGGAAGGAGCGCUUGCGGGUAUCAGGAAAAGUCUCGAAACCUCUGGCCUUGACUACUUCGACCUCUACCUCCUCCACAACCCUCGUCCUGGAGCUGCAGCACGCCACGAAGCCUGGCUUGGUCUCCAAGAGGCCUUCAAGUCUGGUAAAGCCAAAGCCAUCGGUGUCAGCAACUGGUCCCCUCAGCAUAUCGACAACCUCAUGGCUCACUCAGAUGUCGACAUCUUGCCCGCUGUGAACCAGAUCGAGUUCCACCCUUGGAACCAACAACGCGUCAUCUUGGACUACUGUCGCUCAAAGGGCAUCGUAGUAACAGCUUAUUCGCCCCUGACACAGGGAAAGCGUCUUGGCGAUCCUGUCAUCAAGAAGAUUUCUGAGAAGCAUGAUAAGACCGCUGCUCAAGUUGUCCUACGCUGGUGUUUGCAGAUGGGCAUCUCAAUCAUUCCUAAAAGUGAUCGUGAUGCUCGCAUCGCAGAAAACGCAGACCUGUUUGGUUGGUCGCUGCAUGACGAGGAUAUGGCCCAAAUUGAGACGCUGGACGAAGGUCAAAAGGGAAACAUUGGAGAGUGGGAUCCAUUCGCUUAUGAGUAG